GAGUGCCUAAAAUACAGCCCUUACUAUUGGUCCGGUAUAUUGUUUCUCCUUUUAUAGCACCCUUGGGUGUCAGGCUGCAUGCUUCACUUUACAAGUACAAUGCAGGCAGACUGAAUAAGCAGUUGCUACGACGAACCUACAUCAUGUCGACCCCGCAAAGAGACUCAGUCAAUGAUGAGGAGGAGUUUGCUGACAUACUGGAGGACCUCAGGCGAAGCUGGGACCUCGGCCACGCCCUCAGGACCUUCAAGCCCUCCGUGCCCGACACCGGACCCCCACCCUGCAGCGCAGCUGAACUCACCGCCGCCGUACGCACGUCCCAGCACCUGCGAUACCUCACCCAAGGAGGUCGCCGUGGAGACGGGGUCCACGGUGGAGUGCGGUUGGAGCAGCAGGUGGAGGUCAUCCUGAGCGAGAUGUCCCAGAACCUGCAGAUGAGCUCCAUCCGGCUGCUGGGGUACGGCCUCAACAAGGCCAUGAAGAGGCUCUUCCACGCGGUCAACGUCAACAUGGACGGGCUCCAAAGGCUCCAACCGACCGCCCAGGGCUACCCGGUCAUCCUGAUGCCCAACCACCGGAGCUACAUGGACUUCCUCAUCAUCUCCUUCCUGUCGUUCACCUACGACCUGCCCAUCCCGGUGAUCGCAGCAGGAACUCCCCUUUCGAAAAUGAAGUUGAUGGGUGAGAUCUUUAGACGUUGCGGAGCGUUCUACAUCCGCCGCGGCAUCGGUUCAGACAAGUUGUAUUGGGCGUUCUGUCCGAGUAUGGUCAAAACCAUCGUACGGCGAGCCUACGCGCCCCUGGAGUUCUAUGUGGAGGGACUGCGCAGUCGCACUCUGAAGGCCCUGCCGCCCAAGCUGGGAAUGAUGCACAUGGUGCUCGAGCCCUUCUUUAAAGGAGAAGUGUACGACAUCACCCUGGUGCCCAUCAGCAUCAGCUACGACCGCGUGGUGGAGGAAUCCCUGCUGGCCCACGAGCUACUGGGGGUCCCCAAGCCCAGGGAGACCACCAGGGGUCUUCUGAAGGCCAGCAGUGUCCUGUGGGAAAACUACGGCAGCAUGCACGUUAAUAUCGGCCAGGCUCUGUCCGUGAGAGCGAUGUGUCAGGGCAAGAUCGACCGCAACCACUACAACCGUGUACCACGGGACCUACCCCAGAAACCCGGCGAGGACAUGCAGGCCUGCGUCAGCCUGCUGGCGCACCGCGUGGUCCGGGACCAGGAGCAGGGUGCGGUGCUCAGCCCCUGGUCCCUCAUGGCCACGGUGCUGCUCCAGAGCCCCGUCCCCAGCCUGGUCCAGGAGGGCCUGCCCUGGGGAGCCCUCGCCCAAAGGACCCUCUGGCUCCGGGGGCACGCGCUGGCCUUCGGAGCUCGUCUCAACUGGCCUGGGGGGACCAGGGAGUCGGACGAGGUAAUGUCAUCCAACAUGUCUCUCCAUCACUCGGUGGCUCGUCGUCGAGGGGGCCGAGUCUUCCUGCUCGAGGAGGAGGGCUUUGCGGGGAGACGGCCAACCAGUGCAGAGGAGGGCGUGGCCUGGCGGGCGGUGGCGGUGCUCAUGAUGGCGUCCCACAGGAACCAGGCGCUGCAUGUGUUUGCGCGGCCCGCCAUGCUAGCGGUCGCCAUGCACGUCACGGCAAGUCGGCAGAGACGGGAGCUCCAGGCCUUCUUUGUCUUCCUCCUGGAUGUGUUCUCAGUAGAGAUCGUCUUCACGCCCGGCCAGUCCUCUCAGGACUUUGAGGAGGCGUGCUCCCUGCUGGGGAAAGCCGGAGCCAUCCAGUGCUGCCAAGAGGAAAUAUCCGUGACUGACGCUGGGCAGCAGACCAUGACCUUCCUGAAGACACUUCUACAACCCUUCAUGGACUCCUAUCAGGUUGUGUUCAGUCAUCUGUGUGAAGCGGGAGACAACACGUUCUCAGAGAAACAGUUUGUUACCUCCGUACGAAAGCUAGCCACCAGCCUCAUCCUCUCAGGUGAGCUUCAGACCUAUGAAGCCCUUUCCUCCGACACGCAAAGCAACGCUCUGUCGUCUCUGCUCCGGCUGGAGGCGGUGACAAAGUUAAGGACGGCUGAGCGGACAGAGUACAGCGUUAACAAGUCAUCCGUACAAAGAAUCGCAGACAUGCUGUGCGGUAAAAUCCCACUUCAGAGUGUCCAGACAGCCCCCGACUCCAGGCUUUAGACAACCAUACUUUCCCUCAUUCACAAAGGAGGGAUCCAUCUGCAGCCUUCCAUCCCCACCACCCUCCUCUUCCCCUUCUAUCUCCAGUCCUCAGACGAAGUGCCUACUCUAAUACCAGGCUGUGCUCCACAUUUGGCCACCUCCCCUUACUUCCUGUCCCUGAGAUGUUGUGGAACUCAUCAAAUUGAACACAGCAACUUUUUAAAUUAAGACAACCGUUCUUGCUGCAAUACUCUUUUCUCAAAUGAUCCCCAAGAUGUUGGUGUUCCCCUUGUGCCUUAGUUAUGUGUAUCAACUAUGUUAUUCAUAGGCAACUUGACCAAAUCACUUUCAGUUUCUAUGAAUACAUGUUCAAGUGCUUUCAAAAAACCAGAAGGACGGCUGGUAUUGGAUCUAACAAUUGAUUUGUGCAAUUAUAUGACAUAAUCCAGUAGUCCAGAGGAUACAAACCUUCUAUAACACAUUGUGAUAUCUGAAUAGAAAUCUUUGUUUGAGAUAUUUAUUUUUGAUUUCUGUAUAUCAUGUAAUAAAGGAUGUAAUAAAAUUAAAA